UUUUAGUAACUAGUGGCAACCAAACAUUGUCGUUGAUAAGUGUGAAGAGAAGUUCAGGGUGCAGUGGUUUGAAGUGACGGAAUGGCACCUAAGAGACCAAAAAGUGGAAGGAGCAGUGCAGGGAGUAAAGGCAAAGAUAAAGGCAAGAAGACUCAGCCGCCUACACCUCAGGAUAAGCCUGGUCACCCAGAUGAAAUCUUCCCCCUGGUCCUCACAUCAGCCACUCAGGAGCUCUUUGGUUGCCGGACUGAUGAGGAUGUCACAAGGGAGAGCCUGUACAAGCUGCUGAAAAAAGACAACAUCAUACAGGACAUUAAGACAAGAGCCGCAGUGUCCGAUUUCAGCCCUGUGAAGCAGAUUGUGCUGGACUACCCGGAGGAAGAGAUGUUGCUGGUUUUUGACAGGAGCUUCACUUAUGGCCAGUGCUUCUACUUAGUUUUGACCCCAGAAGCCAAGGACAGAAUAUUAAGCCCCCCAGAGCCUGAAACACCAGAAGCGUUUGAGAGUGAAGUCAGUAAAACUCCCCAACCAAAGCUCUGGAUAUCUCUUGGCAGUGAGCAGGAAAUAGAUGAAGAAUCUGUCACGGAGACCAGAGAAAAGCUGUGCUACAAGUUCUCCAGAGUGCGGAGAAAGUUUGGAGUACCAGUCUGUUUUUCUGACCGCAACACUGCAGCUGCUAAGGAUAGCUACCUGGAGUGCGCUUCCUACCAAGACAGCAGAUUCAGCAUCAAGCAGAUGCAGAGGGACUGCGGGACACAGGCUGUUCCUAGGCUGCAGAGCAGCAGUGCUCAGACGCAGUGGCGAUUUCAGAAGAAUAUCUGCACCCAGUACUAUCCAAGAGAGUUACAUGAGGAGGACAUUGACAGCACUGUCCAGGCUGAGAGUCUGACUAAUUUAUUCAACUCAGUAACCCCCAGGGUCUUGCAGGCCCUUCAGCAGGAAGAAAUUAUGAAUGUGUUCUUGGAUGACUGCAAGGCUUUGGGGACAUUAGCUGAAACUGAUGACUGGUCUGGGAAGGUUUCUGAAGAUUUGGUGCUCCAUUAUGCCUUCACCAACCAGAAAUACACAAAGGACAAGAAAAUCAGCAGUAUUAACUGGCACCCUACCAUCUUCGGUGUGAUCGCUGUGGCUUUGACAGACAAAAAGAAGGUGCAGUUGGAUGAGUCCUCUGCAUCGAUCGGCAUUGUCUUCUACAGCUUCUCUGACCCCUCUAAUCCUCAGUUACUGCUGGAGUGCCCAUGCGACAUUUCUGCCUUUGAGUUCAACCCAUCUAAUCCAAAUAUUAUCGUUGGCGGCUGCGUGACUGGCCAGGUUGUGUUAUGGGACAUUUCUGCUCACAUCACAUGCUUACAAGGAACUGGCAUAUUUGACCGUGAUGACAAUAAGGAGAAUAAUACUCCAGCCGCAUGCUACUGUGCAGUGUCUGCCUUACAAAGCAGUCGCAAAGACCCAAUUACUGAUGUCCAGUGGCUGCCACAGACAUUUGAGGUGACCAGGAGGGGUUUACCGAUGGAGAACAUUUAUAAGGUUUCUGUUCAGGUUGUCACUUGCUCCCCUUGCAGCACUGUAAUGUUCUGGGAUGUGCGAGUGCCACAAAUGCUGAACCAGUCACUGUCAGGCAGGCAGCAGAAUGUGGAUCAGAAGACACCGAUUACACCCGACAGCGUCCCUGCAACUUUCAAACACCUGGACCAGACAUGGAAACCGCUGCUGAGGAUUUCCCUGCCAAAGAUCGAUAAUAGUGGGGAAUAUGCUCCUUUUAAGUUCAGCCUACAACAUUACGCCUAUAAUGGUAACACAGGGACCUCAGGGAACUCAGAAAAAGCUCAUGAAAAUGAUAGCACCGAGGACAUCCCAGACUACAGCCAGCUCAGAGCUCCAUCAGCCCAAACACUCACAGCUCUGGAAGAUGUCAAUACCAAGUUCUAUUUUGGAACAGAGGAUGGAGAGAUUGUUUACACUGACUGGAAACUGGAGAAAGAUGAGUCUGGACGACUGCACAGUGCCAAACCUCUGAGCUGUUUUAGAACGCACCAGGGUUUGGUGAACACAAUACAGCGAUCGCCUUUCUUCAAAGAUAUUAUUUUGACGUCAGGAGGCUGGAACUUUGCCAUUUGGAAGGAGGGCUUCAUGGAUGGCCCCAUUGUCAUGUCACCAAGUUCUGAGCAGCAGUACACUGCGGGAUGCUGGUCCCUGUCCCGGCCAGCUGUUUUCUUCAUUGGGAAAGAGGAUGGCAGUAUUGAGGUGUGGAACUUGCUGGAAAGCACCAGUGAACCUGCACACAUCCAUGCUCACAUCACCAGUGCCAAGAUUACCUGUGUCAAACCCUGGACUGUGUCUCCCAAGCUGCACUUCCUGGCUGUGACUGACGACCUUGGAAUGCUCCGUGUUUUCGAAAUCCCAAAGACUUUUUACGUUCCCUCCAGGACAGAGAGUUCGAGUGUGAUGGCUGAACUGGAGAAAAUCAGGCUAAAGAAUUUGAAAUGGGAUGAAAUGCAGGUGAAAAUGAAAAAGGAGGCAGAGGAGCUAAAGAAGAAAAUGCAGGAGCCUGACAAACCAGUCAAACUCCAGCAUGAGAACAGAGAGGAGAACAUGAAGGAGUACAGUCAUUACCUGACGCUGGAGGAGAACGUCCUGAAGGGCCUGGGCCUGUGACCAGCUGCUGCAGACACAGGGGAUACCUGAUAUCACACACAUGCACAAACAAAUUACAUUUUAUACAAAACAAAGUCUUCUUGUUUUUUAUCUAUUCAUUUUUGUAAAUUUGAUGGCUUUGCAUGUUUUUAAAGUAAUUGUUGAGACGUCUCUCACAUGAAAAUUCCUUUUAUUUAAUGCCACAGUUUGCAUCUGUGCUGCUGUUUUCACAUGAUUUGUUAUAACUUACAGAAUGUGUAAUAUCAAUUUUACUGAAAUUUGGUCUUUAUCAUAUUUAUAUGUAAAAUAUGACAACAGUGAGCAAAUGGAUUCUGUCAUCAACAUUCAGAAAGCCCUUGGGUUGGGGCUUGAGGGUCACCUAUGGAUUAUUUUCAUGCACUCAUGUGAGAUCUCGUUACUGGGUAAUGCCAUCCAUUAGUGCCCUCUUCACCACUGCUCCCUGAGGAUCCAGUUUGGAAUAUCUCAAGGAUUCAACCUUGACAGAAAGUCAUUAUAUGGCUCUUCAGUGUCAAGGUAUUCAUGUGAUGUUGUUGAAAGACUCUUCAGUUUGUAAAUUAAUUUUGCAUGGCUCUCAGGUGCUUCUGAUAAGCAUAGUUUUUUUUUUUUAAAGAAGAGAAUUUAAAAGAAGCAGACUCAGUGCUAAAGAUAUUAGUCACCAAUUGUAACCUAGGAAUGAUCUCUCAGAAGGUGAAUUGACUUCGGCAACAGAUCAAACAGCAGCUUUCUGAAUCAGUUGGAAGUGCAUAUGUAUAAGAUUGAGUGUAUUUUAGCAAGGCAAGCACAGUGGAUAAACAUUGGAUCAAAUAGAUCAAAUGUGUAAUAUGAAAGGACUCUCAGUGAUGUAUGAAUACUGUGCACUUCUUGCACAGCACCAAACAGUAGAGAGACAAACUAUCUGGUGAACAUAAUGGCACAUUAAGCUGCUAAACAGUCAGAUAACUCACUCAGGAGUUGGUAGAGACCAAAAGAAAAGCGGAGUGAAUAUUGUCCAGGAAUCACAACUCCAAAUGACUGUUACUCUGUAACUGUAAUGAAAAAGGUGAUAGUAUGUCAGUGUUUACUGUCAGUGUGAAAAAAUGUUAGUUAAAGGAACUGUAACUUCAUGAUUGAAACCGUGGCCAGAUGUUACCGUUAGAUUUGAAGCCGCCUGCGUCACGGGCCCACUGGAUGAAUCCAGUCAUUGUAGAAAUAGAAUUGCUAUCUUAUCA